AACUGACCUUGUGGCAAUGGCAUGGCUUGCUUGUGUUGACAGCUAGUCCUGUACUGUUAUUAAUUAGGUCUAGCACCUUCAACAAAAAAUAACGAGGCAACAACUUGACAGGAUGGUGGGUGUCUGACACAACCCACACACUGAGGAGCACAGUACACGCACUGAAGGUUUCCUGUGUAGCUUGAUAUAGCACUGAGCACCACCCACUCACACGACAGAGCUCACAAAGAAAUUUCCAAGCCCAUGACACCAAGCUCAUAUGAAGGUGUGGGGGAAAACAGACAAUGCAUGUGUUUAGUGCUCAUGUUUAUUAGCCUACUGUGUAAUCAUUCGCUGACUCUUUUUUUGGUGGAUUUGUGGAUCCAGCAAGUGUUCUUCAGAAACGCAAGUACUUUUUUCUUUAAAGAUACUUUAUCUUUUACCAACACAGUUUACUUUAUUUAGUCAUAGUUAAGAAUUGUAGCCUAUAGUCACAGAAUACACAUGGUGUUCAUAAGUGGAAAAAUAUCUUGAUAGUUUCAAUUCGAUGACUUAAAUGUAAAUCAGAUAAAGAAAUUCAAACAGCAACUUUUUACAAUGGAAGCUAUGAUUGUAUUGCUGAAUUACGGCAUGAUAAGUCAAGCAAGCAGAGGAUAGGAUGAGAAAUCUCUUCUGUAAAACAUCAACAGUGAUAAUAUCUGACUGUGAACACUUUCACCAUAGGUUCCAUAAUCAGCAAAGGAAAGCAGAAGUAAACUCUCCAACUGGCUCUGUCACCUACAAGCUCAUUUUGAUUAUCCGACCUGAAACAAUGAAUACAUCUGUUGGAGAUUUACCUGGCAACUGCAGUACCCCAGCAGACUACCAGUUAUACCUCUUCCCAGCCGUCUACAGUCUGGUGAUGGCACUGGGCCUGCCAGGAAACGUGGGAGCCCUCUACAUGUUCAUCUUCAAGAUCACUCCCCGCACGUCCUCUAACGUGUACGUGAUCAACCUGGCCCUAGCCGACACAGCCAUCCUCUGCACCCUGCCCUUCAAGAUCCACUACUUCCUCAACAGAAACGACUGGGUAUUCGGAGACAUGGCUUGCCGCAUUACAGGAACACUGUUCUUCGCCAACAUCUACAUCAGCAUCGCCUUCAUGACCUGUAUCUGUGUGGAUCGAUACACGGCCGUCGCCCAUCCUCACAUCUAUCUGAGGCUCCGGAACUCGUGGUAUACUGUAGUGGUGAGUGUGGCGGUGUGGGUGGUGGCGGGGGUGGCUGUUCUGUCUUUCAUCCGAGUGGGACCUCUGGACAGCAAGCCUGGCGGAGGUCUCCCCCAUCGCCGUAGCUGCUUUGAGAACUUUUCAAAGCACGAGUGGGACAGGCGUGUGGCGCCGUACAGCUUAUUCAGUCUCGUCUUCGGCUCGCUACUGCCCUCUGUGGUCAUCCUGGUGUGUUACCCUCUGGUGGCACGGCGCAUCGCUCUCAUCCGGACCAACAUGGCCCGCGGAGCCCUGAGGGUCAUCUACACCAUCCUGGCUAUCACCCUGCUCUGCUUCAUGCCGUACCAUGUGGUUCACUUCCUGCACCUGCUCCGCCGUCAAGGGGCCAUCCAUCACUGUCCCCAUGCCAAUGCCAUCUACAAUGCCCGGCAGGUGACCCUGGCUCUGGUCAGCCUCAACAGCUGUCUGGACCCCCUGCUCUACUACUUCACCACUAGUCGCUGUAAGUGGAGUCCCUCCAUGGCCAGAUUCAGAUGGAUUUGGGCCAGGAGGAAUAGGGGGCUCUACACCAUUGCUGUAGGACAGUGAAUGGUUUGGAUAAACUGGCUCCAACUGUAUCCUAUCAACUAAUGUAAUUGUAUGCUUUAUAUAUUCUACUCACAAACUCUGAAGCCAAUUGGUGAAGCAAUUUUUGCCAUCGUAAACCACCAACCUUUGCAAACAUGUACAGUUGGAGUUGGAAGUUUACAUACACCUUAGCCAAAUAUAUUUAAACUCAGUUUUUCACAAUUCGUGACAUUUAAUCCUAGUAAAAUUUCCUGUCUUAGGUCAGUUAGGAUCACCACUUUAUUUUAAGAAUGUGAAAUUUCAGAAUAAUAGUAGAGAGAAUGAUUUAUUUCAGAUUUUAUUUCUUUCAUCACAUUCCCAGUGGGUCAGAAGUUUACAUGCACUCAAUGAAUUCCUCCUGACAGAGCUGGUGUAACUGAGGCAGGUUUGUAGGCCUCCUUGCUCGCACACGCUUUUUCAGUUCUGCCCACAAAUCUUCUAUAGGAUUGAGGUCAGGGCUUUGUGAUGGCCACUCCAAUACCUUUACUUUGUUGUCCUUAAGCCACAACGUUGGAAGUAUGCUUGGGGUCAUUGUCCAUUUGGAAGACUCAUUUGCGACCAAGCUUUAACUUCCUGACUGAUGUCUUGAGAUGUUGCUUCAAUAUAUCCACAUAAUUUUCCAUCUAUUUUGUGAAGUGCACCAGUCCCUCCUGCAGUAAAGCACCCCCACAACAUGAUGCUGACACCCCUGUGCUUCACGGUUGGGAUGGUGUUCUUCGGCUUGCAAGCCUCCCCCUUUUUCCUCCAAACAUAACGAUGGUCAUUAUGGCCAAACAGUUAUAUUUUUGUUUCAUCAGACCAAAGGACAUUUCUCCAAAAAGUACGACCUUUGUCCCCAUGUGCAGUUGCAAACCGUAGUCUGGCCUUUUUGAAGGUAGGCCUUGAAAUGCAUCCACAGGUACACCUCCUAUUGACUCAAAUGAUGUCAAUUAGCCUAUCAGAAGCUUCUAAAGCCAUGACAUCGUUUUCUGGAAUUUUACAAGCUGUUUAAAGGCACAACUUAAAGGUCAACUUAAACUUUAAAGGUCAACUUAUUGUCUGUAAACCUCCGACCCACUGAAAUUGUGAUACAGUGAAUUAUGAGUGAAAUAAUCUGUCUGUAAACAAUUGUUGGAAAAAUGUCUUGUGUCAUGCACAAAGUAGAUGUCCUAACCAACUUGCCAAAACUAUAGUUUGUUAACAAGAAAUUUGUGGAGUGGUUGAACAACGAGUUUUAAUGACUCCAACGUAAGUGUAUGUAAACUUCCGACUUCAACUGUAUCUAUUCAAGCUUUGUACAACAGACAUACUGACCUUUACAGAAAGCUACACUGAACAAUGGGAUUAUAUUGAAGACGAUCCCGAUGGAAGUCAUUUCUUCAGCAGAGUAGACAGAAAGCUCCCCAGACUGUCAUCCUACAAAUAAAACCAGUUUGACAUCAUUUGGAUUGAAAUAAACCAUCUGAGAAUGUGAUGGAGUAGUUUGACUUGUGAUUAGUAAAUCUGAUCUAUCAAACAUACUAACCUAAAGUGUAUUUUGAUCAUAUCAUUGACAUUUACAUAGUGUUUAUCUAAAAAGGGUUAGAUUCGAAAAGGUUAUGGCUUGUGGUGGCUACAUGUACUGCUGUAGCUAGAUGUUUUUGGUCAAAUAAAUAGAUGUGCAUCACAGGAUAUGGCGACGGUGACUCAAGCAACAAGGUAUAGAAACCACAGGACUCUUUAAGGUUGUGGGCUGCGCCAUAAUGUGUAUAGUACAACAUGGUUCAAAUAGUACCGUAAGCACACUCCUAAGCUUGAACUGCCUCCAAUCACAUCGCUUUCCAGUGGCGCAACUGGCUAGUACGUUGUCAAACAGACGGUCACGCGUGUUUGCGAUGCAGACCCUGGUUCGAGCCAUGAAUGGACAGUGUACCCAGACAUACUGUUAAGCAGACACUGUGGUCUGGCACAAUAACACUCAUUUCCAACACCCGUCCUCCUUACCUGAUAGCUCCAGGAGAGCAAUAACACCUUGGUGUUGGGGUCUUCAGCUGAAGAGCCUGGGAGGUGCUGGAUGGUGUAACCUUUCAGUAGACUAGAACAGAGGCAAUACAGAGAGAAAUGGGAGAAUGAAUCAUUCAUAUUAGUCCUUUUACUGUAACUCCUUUUUUGUGAUACAUAUAUACUUUCUUUUGCUCAAGACAUAGAACAAACUUUGUACAUUUUAUGCCCAAGCUUUGCCCAAAUAAGAAUAAAAAUGGUCAACUUUG